GUCCAUGACCGCCUGGAUCGCUACUGCUGUGGCUUUGAACCUGAGCCCUCGGAGCCCUGUGUGGAAGAGGGGCUCCGGGAGAAAUGCACAAACCCGGGCGAGCUGCGACUGGUCCACAUCCUGGUCCGGAGCAGCGAUCCAUCUCGUCUGGUCUACAUCGAUAACGCCGGCCACCUCCAGCACCCUGAGGACAGGCUGAACUUUCGGCUGCUGGAGGGCAUAGAUGGGUUCCCCGAGUCCGCCGUGAAGGUUCUCCAGUCAGGGUGUCUACGGAAUAUGCUGCUCAAGUCGCUGCAGGUGGACCCGGUGUUCUGGGAAAGCCACGGCGGGCGACGGGGCCUGAGGCCGGUUCUCCAGGCCCUGGAGCGGCGAGGACAGGUCCUUCUGGGACACAUCCGGGAGCACAACCUGACAGUCUUCAGGGACGAGGACCCAUGAGCCCCACACUGCCCAGGGGGGCUCUCGCCUCGCUGGUGGGGGGCUCACAGCUCGACCUGAUUGGAUGAGCACCCGUGCUGAUGGCCACACGUCCUUGGGCCCGCCCAUCUUGAAGACAAAUGGAAGGAGCCAGAGCCAGAAGGGCAGCACGGAUGCCACGGGCCAUGCCACCUGCUUGGAAGUGGUAGGGGUGUUGGGUUUUCAGUCUCACUGCAUUCUCUUCUGCCUGCUCAGCAAUGGUUAUGUACUUCCUUGCACCA